AUGUGUAAGAAACUGAAUCGGAAUCACACGUUUAAUAAUAACUUGAAUCAUAAAGUUACUCACCUCAAUGCUGCUGUGAACCCAGAGAUUCUUGUUGGUCAAAUAUGGCUGCAAGACGAGCCGGCAGGUGUAGAGAUUAUCGAACUUAACACUUCGGAUGAAAAUGAUCCGCCUCCAGUUGAAAACAUGAACAACUGUAUGGACCAUGCCUGGAGUUAUUCUAAAUCUGAAACACUACAACACUUAGAAGACGACUACAAAAUCAACCAAAAAGCAAGAGAAAGGCGACGCAUGCAACAAGACCAUCGUUUCUUUAAUGCAAGCACUGCAACGAACACACAUGAUCAAUACACAAAUAACAAUUAUUAUGAUUCUGAUAUAGAAAACCAGUACAAUGAGGACAAUCAUCUAAUCAAUCACCAAGUAAAUUGCUUUACAAUAAUAAACAAACAUUUCAUUCAAUCCGAUUCUUCGUCUGAUGCGGACCUUGAGAUAAUUACUUCUAACGAUAUGUUAACGGAAGGCAACAAUUGGGAUUCAGGGAACCGUCCUUACAAGGAGGAAAUCAUAACUUAUGAUCCUGAUUUAGACAAAGAAGCACGUACUAUAUGGAUCUACUCUUUUAAAAAUAAACAUCUCCUUGCAGAAGAUGAUUAUGACUGUGGUAAGACGGCUGUUAGGGAUAUUUCUACUUCUACUUCAUAUUCAACAGAAAACGAGGAGGAAGAGAAAACUAAGGAUAUAAGCACGAGUGUCAGUCGCUUAGGAUCACCGAUACCUCCAGCGUAUAUACCGAGACUUAAUUUAUCUUUCGGUCCAACAUUGUCCACUGUUACCGAAGUAUCCGAGCCGAACAAGCAAAUGUCACCGAACCCUUCAUAUAAAUCUCCCAAAAAUGUAUUGCAGAAACCAAUAAACGGCUGGUUCAAAAAUGAAAUGAAUAAAGUUGAUAGUGCGAGAUCGAUAGAAAAAUUUGAAAAAUCGACAAACAUCAUAAAUUGGAUGGCAUUAUCACCGAGAGAGAAAAGACGGAGGUCGAAAGACCCAGGAGAUAAGUGGGAAGGAAACAUCUUAAAGUUAGAGAGAUUCCGAAAUGAAGAAACAUUAGUUAAUAAAACACAGGAGCUCCCAACAAUAAAUUCUAUUCAAGAAGACAAGUCCCAUCAAGAAAAUUCAUACAGGUUGCAAGUUGAUGUCGAUGUUCACGUUAGUGUAAAUGACAAAACGCCGGACAGAAGGUCUUUAGGAACACCAAAUGGUGGAGAAAUUGUUCUGAAUUCCAAAGCUGAAGACAGAAGUCCUAACAGCUUGUUAAAAUGUCUCCCACUUGAUUUUACAAGCAAUACGUUAGACCGCGGAGACCACGAUAUGAAAUUGGAACAAACCCAUGUUAAUCAUGAUAUAAAAUUGGAACAAACUGAACGUGUCGAUUGUGACAUAAAAUUUGGACAAACUCAACAAGUGAUGUGCGUUACACCUCGUAAACCACAUCCAUUAUAUUUACGUGCUCACGGACCAAUAGAUGCACCUGAAGAGAACAUAAAAAUUGAUCCUAUCGUUUGGGACCGUGAAGAACGGGAAGAGAAAGAAACUGCGUCUUAUAAUUAUCUAACGGACAAAAUGAAAUGUGCUGUAAAGGAUCCAGACGAUAUGUGGAUGAAGAAUAACACGCCGUUUCUACAGCCGUCCAAAUGGGACGACUACGCAAGUUUAGCUGACAGCCCCCUCACAAUCCAAAUGUCGAUAAAUGAAACGGAAAUAAAACGCAAAACGUGGUUUAAGCGAGUUUUCAAACGAGUAAUUAAUUGUUGUCAAAUAAAAUCAGAAAAAUAA